AUGGACUCUCUUCCCCUCAAUAUCGUCCAAGUGCCCCCGGGCCAAGGUCAAACGCACUCCCACACUGUGGUCUUCCUACAUGGCCGCGGAGAUAGUGCUCCCAACUUUCGCAACUCGCUCCAAUACUCGCGCAACUCUCAAGGCCAAACUCUUGCUGACGCGUUUCCUUCUUUUCGAUGGGUUUUUCCUCAAGCGCCUAAAAGAAAAUGCGCCAAUCAACCCGAAGAGUGGAACCAAUGGUUCGAUGUCUGGAACGUGAGCGAUUUUAAGGAAAACGAAGAUCUGCAGGCAGCAGGACUUAAAGAAGUGGUACCAAAGAUUCGCGAUAUUCUGGCCAAGGAGGCAGGUGACUUGAACGGCAGGUGGGAUAAAGUCAUUUUGAUGGGCAUCAGUAUGGGCUCUGCAACAAGCGUGCAUACGUUAUUUAACCUGGACAUUCCAACGCCAGAACAACGGCUAGGCGCCUUUAUUGGUUUCAGCGGGCGUUGCCCAUUCGCCGGCCGAACGCUUGAUGAAAUGCGCAUGACGCUUCAAGUUGAUUCUUCUCCUAUACACAAUGAGGUUCUCAAGAAUACACCCAUGCUCUUGGAACAUUGUGUUGAUGAUCCGUUGGUAUUGGUGGAUUGGGGCAGAAAGCAGUAUGAGAUACUGAAAGAGUUCGGAGCGAACGUGGCGUGGAGGGAGUAUAAGACUGGAGGACACUGGUUCAAUUCGCCUCAUGGCAUGGAUGAUGUAGUAGAGUUUCUGAGGGCAGUACUUUAG